UCCUUGGCAACCCUAAGUCAAAACAGAAAAUGGCUUCUGGUAAGAUGAGUGCAGACGAUUCUGAGAAAAAUAAGUGCGAUGAGAAAAGUAGUGACACGUUUUAUACCAAGUUAGAGCAAGAUAGAAGAAAUUCAAGCUUUCUUAAAAGUGUUGUUCUGCCUCCUCAUGGACAUUUAAAGAAAAGAACCGAGCACUGUUUCCGAAAUUUACCUGGCUUGCCUGCGGCAGAAGAUCUUUGCAAUGGUAACGUCAAAGUGUGUCGUAUAGUUCACUCUCCAAAUGGUAUAAAAACAAUUUCACCAAAUAAUUGUAAGCCAAUGAAUAAUACCCUAAAUGAUAAAAAUGACAGUAGAUCUAGUCCUGUUAAUUGUCAGAGCAAUGUUUUAAGUUAUGAAAACAAGAUUACACCCUGUACAUUUGAGCCUAAUCACUCAUUACCCAAAAAUAUACCAGUGCAAUCUGUUGAUGAUAAACACAAAUACGACCAUGUGCAAGAAACAGAAAUUCAAUCAGCCAAAUCAUCUUUACUGAAAAGUGAAAAAUAUAUUGCCAACCGAAGCGGUAAAAAGCCUGAAAGACUAAGAGAAAAUAUGUCGGUUCAUCACACAAAGAAGAAAAAGCACAAAGAGAAGGACAAACAUCAUACAAACCACAAAGAAAAACAUCAAUCAAAGCAUCGAGAUCGUCCAAAAGAGAAGAGCAAUGUGAAAUCUCAUAAGCAUAAAGAGCACAAUUCUGUUUCAAAGAAAAUCUCACCUCUUUCCUUUGCCAAUGCUGAAAAAGAUGGAGAAUCUAUUUUAAAAACUAAAAAUAAAUCAUCUCUAAACAAAAGUGCCUCUGUAAAAGAUAAUACUAAUACCCCAGUUCAACAUCCCAGUAUACCUGCAGAAAAUAUUAGUAUUAAGAAGGAGUUCAUCUCAGAUAAUGAUCAUCAAACAAGUGGUGAUGCUUCUCAGUUGUGUAAUCGUGUUUCUGAGCAGGAUAUUCCUACAGCUGACAAACCUGCAGAAAUUGUAGUUGCUGAAAAAGAGAAUCCUGUUCAUGAAUAUUCUCUCUCAAAAAAUUCAUUUGAUGACACUUCUGCAUUACCUACUAUGAAAAGAAAGCGAGACUCAUUUCAAUGUAAUGGGGAUAAUCAUUUAAAUUCUGAUUCACUUCCAUGUUCUAAAAGAAUUAAAGUUGAAUCAAUUUCAGAUUCCCAUAUCAAAAAUGAAGAUUCAGUAUUUAACAACAAGCCAUCUGUAUCAAUAUCAGAAACAGAUGUAUCAAACUAUCAGAAUGAUUGUACAAGUACUAAAAUCAACAAUCUUGUCAGCAGUAGUCAAAAAACUGAUGAAUCAACAAAUCCUUGUGUGAAUUCGGAAUCAUCUCUGCUCGUAGAUAAUUCUGAUAAACAGACUUCAAGUCUCUCAGUGCCUGAAACACAAAACAUAUUGAAUAAUGUAACUCAUUGUGAUACUCAUAAACAUUUCAAAAUAGAGAAGGCUGAGGUAUCAGUUUCUGAACUCAAAAGUCCCAAAUCUCAUAAAGAAACAGCUUUAAAUCAAUGUAAUUAUGUAGAUGAUGAAUCUGUAAGUAAUAGUUCAUGUAUUGUUACCUCUACACCUACCAAUUCAGUUUCAUCUAAACUGGAAACCUGUUCAUCUUUAUCAGUAAAAUUUGAAAAAACAUCUUCAUCAUGUGAAGUUGUAAAUAGUGAAUCCUCUGUUGUAAAAACAGAAAAUUCAUCAAGAAAUUCCUCUCAUACUCAUAAAAAGAAAGCAAAUGAACUCCUAAAAAAUCACAAGAAGCACUUACAUAGUGAAGUUCAUCCCAUUAAAUCUAAUAAGCAUUCUUCAGAACCAAAAAAUAGUGGCACACUAUCUGCAAAUAAAAUGAAAGAACACUCAGAUAAACAUCGAACAAAAGAGAAAAAUUACAGCAGUAUCAAACAUAAAUCUAAGAAAUUAAAACAUAACAAAUUAGAAGAUGUGCAUGUUAAAAUUGAAGUAAAAACAAAAGUGGAUUCAGAAAAAAAAUCUAAAGUUCAAAAAGAUGAAAAGCACAUAAGCAAAAGUAUUUAUUCAAUAAAUAUAGAGCAGAAGAAAUCAGAUUUAUCAAAAUCAGCAGAUGAUAAAGGCAAAAGUCAUAAACAAUCUCAUAAAAUUAAUUCAACUUCAUCCAAGACUGGCCUGUGCAUACGUUGUCGGCAAAAAUUAACAAAUCAUCGAAAUGUUGGUGUUCAGUGCAAGCGAGACAGGCAUGAUAAAGUGUGUGAAAAAGUGGGUGUUUCUCAGAAGAUUCCACGACUUCCCCAAGGGUUUGAUAUGAAACAUUUAAAAUAUGGCAAGUAUAUAAGAUUGGAAGUAUAUCCAAAUGGAGGUGCUGCUCUUCUCCAUCUAUAUUGGGAUGAAAUUUGUCAUCUUCCUCCAAAAGAUUUGAAAUGUCUUGCUGAAGAGUUCCUUAAGGAAACCUUUUUAGAAGAGCCUUAUGGUGUUGCUCGAUAUGUGAUGGGUAUUGUUCACAAUGCUGCUGAAUAUAUACCUGAUCUUUUAGAACAUUUUGCUGAUAAAUAUCCAAAUCUAGUUGUAAAAAUGGGUCAACUUGGUCGGCAGUCUGAUAUAGAAACAACUACAAUGGCAAAAUAUUGUGAACAGGUGCAUGCGCAUUACAGCCAGGGUACAUUCAGAACAGGGCCAUUGCAUCAGAUUAGCCUUGUUGGAACUGUGCAUGAGGAAGUUGGUGGCUAUUUUCCUGAAUUUUUGGAGAUGUUAGAAGAAAAUCCAUUCCUCCAUUUAACUAUGCCUUGGGGACCCAUGUCAAUUGUUCAUAUGAAUCCCCAAGAAAGCAAUGAUGGUCCUAUUCUCUGGGUUCGUCCAGGUGAACAGUUAGUUCCUACAGCAGACCUUUCAAAAUCUCCUUGCAAAAGAAAAAGGGGAGGUCUGAAUGAACUCAGAAAAUUGCAAUAUCUACCUCGAUCUACGGAGCCUCGUGAAAUAAUGUUUGAAGAUAGAACUAAGUGCCAUGCAGAUCAUGUUGGACAGGGGUUUGAUCGACUGACAACUGCUGCAGUUGGAGUCUUAAAAGCAGUUCAUUGUGGAAAUGAAUAUCCUUCAAACCGUAUAACAAAAGAUGUAGUUGCCUUCCAUGCAGGAGAUUUUAAUGAAUUGGUAGAGAAAUUGCAGCUAGACUUGCAUGAACCUCCAGUAUCUCAGUGUGUGCAAUGGGUAGAAGAUGCAAAAUUAAAUCAACUCCAUCGAGAUGGCAUACGCUAUGCUCGGAUUCAACUUUGCGACAAUGAUAUUUAUUUUCUACCCAGAAAUAUCAUACAUCAGUUUAGAACAGUCAGUGCUGUUACUAGUGUUGCUUGGCAUGUUAGGUUAGCUCAGUAUUACAUCCCUCCUGGUGAAAAUGAACGUGGUGCCAGCAGUCCAUCUCCUCCAAAAGAGAAAAGAUUGAAAGUCGAGCUGACUGAUAUUUCAAAACUCAAGAAAAAUCAAUCUGAAACUUUGAGCACAUCUGAAAAAGUCCAAAUCAAACAUGAAACUCCUAAGAAAACUGAUAAAAAUUCUACAGCACAACCAAAAAUUAAACAUAUUAAGCAGGAACAGGGGGAUGAGCACACAUGGCUCACACAUACUAAAUCAAAUAAGUCUGAUGCCAGCAAAAGUGGUCGGGGUGAUAUUGGAAAUGCUGCAUCACCAAAGAAAAAAUCAUCAGAUACUGGUUCUUCUAAGAAAAACACUACCUCAACUCCCACUAAAAGUUCUAAAAAUGAUAUACUGAAAGACGGAGUAGUUAAAAGGGUGCUUGAUGUAAAUUCUAAACCCAUCCAUACAAAUGCUAAUUUGGAUAAAGACAUGAGCAAACAAAGUAUUAAAUUGGAUAAAGAUAGUCACAAGGAGCACAAAGAGAGUAUUAAGGAAAAUAAUAAGGAUAAUAAAGAUGGUACAAAGGAAACUAAAGGAAGUAGUAGGGAAAAUAAAGAUGGUACCAAGGAAUAUAAAGAGAGUAAUAGUCAAAAAGAUGGCACCAAAGAGCAUAAAGAAAACAGUAAGGAAAAUAAAGAUGGUACCAAAGACCAUAAGGAAAAUAAAGAUGGUACCAAAGACCAUAAGGAAAAUAAAGAUGGUACCAAAGACCAUAAGGAAAAUAAAGAUGGUGCCAAAGACCAUAAAGAAAGUAGUAAGGAGAAUUGCAUUAAGGAAAAUAAAGAUAACACUAAGGAGCAUAAGGAGAAUAAAGAUAGAACCAAGGAGCAUAAAGAAAGUAGUAAGGAAAACAAGGAAAGUAGUAAAGAAUGCAAAGAGAAUAUUAGAGAGAUGAAAGAUAACACCAAGGAACAUAGAGAAAAUAAAGAAAGUAAUAAGGAGCAUGGGUCUAAAGUUAAAAUAGAUAAAAUUAGCUUACAUGAGGAAAAAAAGAAUGGAGCCAUUGACGCAUCGAAGAAUGUGGUAAAAAUUGAAGACAAAGACUAUUUACAAAGUAUUAAAAAAGAAAAGCGAAAACACAUUGAUGGCCAUGAACACACUCCUAAAAAGCAUGCUAAAAUUGUACUUUCUGAAGCUAAAGUACCUUCCGCUGCUUCAACUUCAUCAGAUAAAAGCAACAUUCCAAAAAGCAAAUCACAUAGUGAACAUAGGUCAAAAAAUAGACAUCGGCAUUCGAGAGAAGGCUUGCAGGAUUUGGAAUCGGCUGUUGUAGAUUGUGUAGCGUAUCUUGUAAAUACUGUGAGAGACAAACUGGAAGCUAUGUCAACCAAAAAGAAACUUGUACCCUCCGAAACAAUUCGCUCUAAUCGAACUACAGCCACCUUUUCAAAAGUGAAACAUUCCUCCAAUGGCAAUGAACCUGAACUUCAAACUUCAAAUGGUAAAACUAUGCAUAACAUGCAACUUCAGACCACAUCUACCGAUAAAAUGUGCGAUAAAACAAAUGGAAAAAACAUAAAUUGCCCAUCAUCUCUUGAUCUCCAGUGAAACAUUAUCACUUUUAGAUCAAUUUGCAUUCUUGCCAUUUGAGGAAGCAUGUUUAUCAAAAACUGUUUUGUAUAUAUUAUAUAUAUAUAUAAUGUAAAUAUAUAUAGUUGUAUAUAAAAUCAUAUCUAAUAGAAUAUAAUUAGUUUUGGAAUUUAUCUGCAAGAAAAGAUUUUAAUAGGGAUUACUUUUGUUACUGCUUCAUUUUUAUGGGCUCAUAUUUGUAUUCAAAGCAUUUUCCAAAAUGCUUCUCUAGAAAUUAAAUAUGUAUUAUAUGUUUAAAAUGUAUUUUUCCCCCACAAAUCAGAUUGAACCGAAAACAUUGUUCCCAUCCACCUCCAUGUGUACAAAAAAAAUUUAAUCGUCCUAGUUGUCGCAUCAAAAAUUUUGAUCUUAUGGUUAUUUAUUUACCAUAGAUGUUUUUAUAUUUUAGUAUUUUGUGUUUUGAGAUUUUUUUGUUGUUAUUGUUGUUUGUUUUAAGACCAUUGGGGAAAAAAUGUUUUUGUGAUACAUUUGUUUUCCACUACCCCUAGUUGUUUGUAUUGAAAUGCGAUUUUUUUGUAUUUGUUUUAUUGCUUCAUAAUAAAUUAAAAACCCAUUUUUGGUGUUCAGUGUGUAUAUCAAAAAUUUAGUUAAACUUAUUGAAUAUCUUCAUCUUUUUUUCCCCCUUUGUUUUUGAAGAUACAGGGCAAAGGUAUUUCAAAACUUUUAUUAAUAAUUAUCUGUAGUAUAAUUAUUAAUAAAUAGUAGUAUAAUUUUAUACUCUCUUUGAAAUGUUUUGAUUGAUUUAUCCUGAAUUUUGUAGUAUUAUUUUUGGUAACAUAUGUUUGGUAAAAAAUUUUGUGUAGUAAUCUAAACUUAAUUGUAACCUUUAAUUUUAUCCUAUCAAAAUAGGAAAUGUGGGGUAGCAUUUACAUCCCAUUAGAUGGAAUUGUUGCUAGCAUUUUACACUGUUUGUAAUUUUACUUUACUAUUCUGAAGAGUGUUCUUUGCGCAUCUUUGUACAUUUAAAUACAUAAGUAUGUAUUUAUACGCAAAGGAAGAAUGCAGUUUUCACUAAAUUCAUCAAAUUAAUUUGGAAAAAAUCUUUUUCUUUAUGAAUUACAUAAUAUAUAUACUGUUUCAUUUGUGUCUUUAAAAGUUAUCUUAUUGAAAAAUUUCAAAAAUGUAUCUGACUUUUCUUUACUUAAAUACUAUUUAAAAAGGAAUGGCAUUUUUUAUCAUUUCUUGCACUUUCCUUAGCUUUUAUGAUGUUAAACAGAUGCAAUAUAUUUUUUCACAUUCUUCUUUAAUGAAUGGAAAAAUGUUAUGCUCUUUAAAAUAUGUAUUUGAGAUAUCUGCUAUAUUUAAUAUU